GCGACAAACUAAAACCGCCCCGUGUGACGACAAGAUGAAGCUCCUGAGCCAACUCUCGGCGGCACUCGCCCUCGCGGGCGGCAGGCUGGCUGUCGCGCACCCGGUCUUCGACGAGCUGAUGCGGCCGACGGCGCCGCUGGUGCGCCCGCGAGCGGCCCUGCAGCAGGUGACCAACUUUGGCAGCAACCCGUCCAACACGAAGAUGUUCAUCUACGUGCCCGACAAGCUGGCCCCCAACCCGCCCAUCAUCGUGGCCAUCCACUACUGCACCGGCACCGCCCAGGCCUACUACUCGGGCUCCCCCUACGCCCGCCUCGCCGACCAGAAGGGCUUCAUCGUCAUCUACCCGGAGUCCCCCUACAGCGGCACCUGCUGGGACGUCUCGUCGCGCGCCGCCCUGACCCACAACGGCGGCGGCGACAGCAACUCGAUCGCCAACAUGGUCACCUACACCCUCGAAAAGUACAACGGCGACGCCAGCAAGGUCUUUGUCACCGGCUCCUCGUCCGGCGCCAUGAUGACGAACGUGAUGGCCGCCGCGUACCCGGAACUGUUCGCGGCAGGAAUCGCCUACUCCGGCGUGCCCGCCGGCUGCUUCUACAGCCAGUCCGGAGGCACCAACGCGUGGAACAGCUCGUGCGCCAACGGGCAGAUCAACUCGACGCCCCAGGUGUGGGCCAAGAUGGUCUUCGACAUGUACCCGGAAUACGACGGCCCGCGCCCCAAGAUGCAGAUCUACCACGGCUCGGCCGACGGCACGCUCAGACCCAGCAACUACAACGAGACCAUCAAGCAGUGGUGCGGCGUCUUCGGCUUCGACUACACCCGCCCCGACACCACCCAGGCCAACUCCCCGCAGGCCGGCUACACCACCUACACCUGGGGCGAGCAGCAGCUCGUCGGCAUCUACGCCCAGGGCGUCGGACACACGGUCCCCAUCCGCGGCAGCGACGACAUGGCCUUCUUUGGCCUGUGA